AUCCCAAGGCCUUCGGUUGUUGAGUGCGAAUUCUUUUCGUUUUCGUCGUCCUCAUUGCGAAGAUAGCAAAAUAAUAUUUACUUUCUGUCUCACUUAGCAAAAGUGGCGACGAUAAUAAUUAAACGAUAGUGCGAUUUGCGUAUUAUGUAAUGUCAACUGGUGUAUAAACAUAACAAUUGCAUUUUGUCACGACAUCGAAUUAUCCGAUUGAUGUGAUACCAUGACCAGCCUUCAUAACGGGGACGAAGACUCGUUCAUCAUCCUCGGAGCCUCUCCAGGGUCAAGCCUGGACAUGAAGUGCAAUGGCAUAGACCACGGAGACGUGACCCUGGAUAAGGAGCAAAUGGAGGAAGCUAUGAAGGACCUGUCUGUUGAAGCUAAUAUGGCUUUUAAGGCCCAUUUUAAGCUGGGGGAUUGUCCAUCACCAGCGAGCAUGAUGGUGGCCAGCACCAUGAUAACAGAUGACAGAAGCACAGAGGAACUGCAGAAGCGUUUUGGUGAACUUCUUGACGAAAAUGUGAUCUUAAAGGAGACUUUAAAACAAAAUAAUGAGUCUAUGAAAGAGCAGUUCUUGUUAAUCGCGUCCUGUCAAGAAGAUAUGAUGAAGACCCAUGUUUUACAUAAGGAGAAGUUUGACGAAACCAAGGAAUUGGUUGAAAAGCUUCGUCAAGAGAACAAAAAGCUGAAGUCAGACAUCGCUCGUUUAAGCGAAGCCGAGGCGCAUUCAGUGAGCAGCGAGACGGGCGAGUCGCUGCCCUCGAGCAAGCCCACUGGCCCGUCCGGCCCGCCGUCCGUGAUGGAGUUCGUCACGUCACCAGACGACGACACUAUCAACAAACUCACUGCGCAGCUUGAGCUCGUUGAGAAGCAGAGGAGACAGGUGAUAGUAGAUAAUGAGAAGCUGACUUGGCAGAAAGAAUCACUGGAGCACAUAGUUGACGCCACCUCCAAGGAGAGAGAUGACCUUAAAGACAAACUUAAGAAUGCUGAACUUCUUCUAUCAACAAAGGACACAGAACACGCGACAGAAUUAAAUAAUCUCAGGCUUACGAUACAAGAUUUAGAAGCACAGGUGCAGACCGCCAGUAAUUUUACCAGUAUAUCGUCAGAGGAAGUGACGAAACGUGACCAGUUGCUACGUCAGCUAGAAGCCAAGGUGACCUCGUUGCAGAGCGAGCUCAAGACUGCACAGCUCAGGAUAUUGGAACUCGAGAAUGUUAAGUUGGAAUUCACAAAACACAAAUCCGGCGUGUCGGAGGCUACCAAGAUAUACAAGGAUCAAAUACAGGACUUGCAUGUCAGGCUAAAGGAAGCCUCCACUACUGUAUUCCAACCGGUACGUUUCUCAAUCAGUUCGGAGUCUGACUCUGGGUCGUCAGAAUACUCCAGUCUCACGUCAAACGUCAAGUUGUAUGACAAAACCUUGAAGCAUUUGGCUGAGCUGCUCAAUAUAUUGACUCAUGGCAUGUCAGACAGUCUAGUCCAGACUUUAGGCUUGGUGGCAAGUCUUCAUGACUACAAAUUGGAAAGGGUGACGGCAGAACAGUUCAAAGCUGGCUUAGCUGAGGUAAAGUCGCAGCUGGAGAAACAACAUAGUACUGCGCUGAAUAAUAUAGGCCAAGUCCGUGGCAGCCUAUCAAUCUUCGAAGGCAUUUUCAAGGACUACAGCGAAGUUCUAAAGAAGUCAGUGUCGAAGCCCCGGGUGGAGCGCGGCGGUAACGUGGAGGCGCUGACCGCAGCCCUGGUGGCGCGCGGGCAGGAGCUCGCGGCGCUGCAGGCCGAGGUGCACAGGCUCAAGGGGGAGAAGGAUGAUACGGAACUCUUGAAGGCCCAGGUGGACUUGUAUAAGAGUGACUUCGAAGCGGAGCGCGAAGCUCGCGAGAAGAUGGCGUCUGAGAAAGAGACUAUCAUGACAGACCUCAGAACCACGAAGAAACGAAAUCAGGAAUUGACACAACAGCUAGAAGAAGUCCGCAACAUGAACCCGGGGCUGUACCGCACGGUGACGUCACGCGGCGCCCGCGCCACGUCCGCCGCCCGCGCCGCGCCCGCAGAGCCCGCGCGGGCGCCCGCAAGGACUGCGCCGACACAACCUACUGGCAACAUGGUGUUUACGUGUCCAAAAUGCAUGAGGUUUUCAUGUGACCAGUAUAAAGUAAUGGAAGAUCACUUUGAUUUCUGCCUCGACGACUUUUAAUUACGGUAUAGUAACAUACAGUCUAUUUUAAUGAAGUAUGACAUCUGUCGGCCUAGUUCAAUGUGAAUACACCAAUUAGAAUAAAAUUAUGUAUGUGAUAUAAAUGUUGAUCCUUCUGUACGAAUUUGCUUUGACAUAGUCAAUAAUAUAAAAUACAUUAUAUGUAUCUUAAAGAACUAUUUCAUGUGACAACCCUCCGAUUCAGUAACAAAAGUAAGCGAAAAACACAAAGUCGAUUUUUCAAAAUUAGGAAAAUGAAAUCAAUUCUGAUAGAUGCCAUUUAUGCUCUCGACUUUAGUGAAAGCUUGUUGCAGUUCAAUGUUAAAUACAUAAAUGUUGUGUAUAUAAUAAAUAUAACUAUAGUAGUAUUUUUGCACAAACUAUUCCAUACAAAAUGACAGAUUCCGUGAAAGUUCAUGGAGCUUUUUAUCAGACGACACUUUUAUGUUCACAUAGCAACGUGUAACUUGCUUUAAAACGUCUUCCGACAAUGGUAUUACCGUACUUAUAUAGGUAUAUAAUAUCUUAUGAAAACAUUAACUUUGUUAGAAAAAUGCCGCCCAUGUUCUGUCCGUAAUUUCGUAGUAUUUGGGUCGUGUCUUAUGUAUUUUACAAAGCCUUAUUUGUAACAGCUUAAAUAGGAAUAUAAUUUGCUAAAAUAUUCGAUAUAUUUUUCAUUGUAAACGUAUUUUCUUUUUGCAAUACAUGGAAUGCCCAAUUUCCCAAAAUGUUCCGUCUAAACUGGCAAAAUGUAUUUAGUUUUAGGUUCGUAAAAUUGGGACGGUGUAUAUAGAGCUUAUUGAAGGAGUGCCUGUUUUCUGUCAAGGCAAAAUUAAUACUAACAUUUUAUGAAGUUAUCCAAAAAGCAGAACCACAAUAAUUAUGUGCAACAACCGUCAAUUUUGGUCUUCAACUAGAUCUAUCUAGAUAUUUGCUUGCCCAAAAGAUUUCAGCUGCGCAAAAAUAAUCCUUAAGGAUCUUACUUGACUCUAAUGUGCAAUUGGGAUAACUUAAUAGAAUGUUUAGUGCAAAUUAAUAUGUGUGAUUGUUAUGAGACUGGAUUAUAUUUAUUUAGGAAAUUCUAAAUUUAUUCUAUAGUUAUUAUAUUCGCAAUUGUUAGAAACAUUCAAAUUAUUUUUUAGACUAAUUAGCUUAGCGUACAUUCCUUGAAUUUUAGACAACGUGCAACGUUUGGUAAUUAUGGUGUUUUUAUGUUAAUAUAAUAGAUUAAAUUAAAUGUUUAAUGCGCAACGUUACUCUUUGAUGUAAAAUGUACUGUUUAUAAAACUUGUUGCAGAUUAUUUAGGUGAUAAAAUGCCACUUAGGACAUUAUGCGAGACCUCAGGGUUUACGCGCCUUAGAGCCUUAUAUCCCUGGUCAUAUUUAAAUUAUGUCCCGUAGAAUAUAAGUAUGGUCCUGUCACCUCAUGUAAGGUCAUGGCACACAUGACGGGCACGGCACGGCUACAAUACGGCUGUUGCUAGGUAGCUGUAUGAGCGCUGUUACUUAUUAUAAAACGUGGUUUUAAAAAACCAGCUUUUGUACCAGGUUCAAAUCACCAUCCUGAACAAAGUUGGUGGACUAAAUCUAUUACUAAAGCGGGUAUUCUUAAAACCACGUUUUAUAAGAAGGUGGAAAAUAUUUUAUGAAGGUUGCUAGUUGCCGACUGCAAUCUGACAUCGACAGCCAUAUUUGACAGCGACUGCAACUUCAAGCAGUCGCAGCAUGUGUGGUCGGCAGCAAGCAUGCAAAACAUACCUUCAGAGAUACAAUUUAAGACUUCAAUUCAAAUGACACGAUAAUUGCUAGGUUGGAGCUGCGUCGUGUCGUGCCGUUUAUGUAACGUAUAUUUUUAUAUCUCUACGUAUUUCACUAGUCUUCCUUGAGAUUAGCCGAAUUUCGGUUAGAAGAAUAUUUUUUAUAGUCGAAUCUGCAAUGGGUUUUUGUUCACCGCAUCUUGCUAUAUUUUUAAUGUCUUAUCUACGUUCAUGUUUUUCUAUUGAGAAGAUUGGGGGCUAUAUAAGACGGUUAUAGCGACUCGUUUCACAUCUUUGGGUUUUCAUUAGGCUUUAGACUGAGUGAGAUAUCGCCUACAGCAUUGAAUUUUUUUGGCAUAACUCAGGCUUAUCUUAUAGCUUUACAUAAUUGGGGUUUGUUGGGCAAGCUUCGACAGCGCACCUCAAUAUUUAUGAAAAAAGCAAUCAUCACUUGGAAAUACCAAGUGACCAUAGAACUGACUUCUUAAUUUUCGUCAUGAUUUUUAAUGUAUGCCAGCCCUUUCAAACGUUAAGCCUUUUUUUUUCUUUAAUCAGCUUAUAUAGCCCCAUUCACAAACAUAAUAUAAAUCUAGCGUGCUAAUGUUGCCAUUAACAUGAAAUGAACUUUAUUUAGUUAUCUGUAAUUAAUUCAAUAAUGUAAGGAAUUGAAUAAUAAUGUAAUUAUGUAUAUUUAUGUACUGUGAUCCCCUGAACUGCGUUGUCAUAUCUGAUGUCAAAGAUUUAUUACGUUAAAUAUAUGAAUUAGGAUUUUA